AUGGAACUCAACUCGAGUGCGUGCGAGACCACCGCUACCCUGAAGCUAGGCUGUGAUGCCAGCAGUGCCCGUAAUCACACGGUUGAGGAGCUGGUUGCGCGGGACCAGCACGCGGUGAUAGUGACCUACUGGGUGCUUAUGACGCUCGGCGGUCUCGGCAAUCUCGCCGUUCUGACGAGCCUGGCGAGAACGCGACGCCGCAAGUCCAGGGUCGACUUGCUGAUGACCCACCUCGCGGUGGCAGACAUCUCCGUCACCUGCGGCGUUAUUCCACUCGAGAUCGGCUGGAAGUACACGAACGAGUGGUUGGCGGGAAACGCUCUAUGUAAAAUACUGCUUGUGAUGCGUGCCUUCGGCCUGUACUUGUCCUCCAACGUGCUGGUCUGCAUAUCGCUCGACAGAUUCUUCGCCGUGCUAUAUCCGCUGAAACUGCGUGCGGCGCGCAAACGCAGCAAGCACAUGCUAUUCUGCGCGUGGAUUAUGGCGCUGGCCUGCAGCUUGCCGCAGAGCGUGGUGUUCCGAGUCCUGGAGCACCCACAAGUGGCCGGUUUCGAGCAGUGCGUGUCGUUCGGCGCGUUCACGAGCGCCGCUAUGGAGGUGGCCUACAACGUGGCGUGCCUCUGCGGCAUGUACUUCGUGCCACUUUGCGUCAUCUCCACCUGCUACGUCUGCAUCUUCUGCAGGAUACGCUACUGCAGCAAAGAAUUCGAAGGCAAUUGCUCCCAUGGAAAUGGCGGUACCGGUGCUGGUGAUAGUGGAGGUGGGGCCAGGGGCUGUGGCAAAAGUGACGGCAUACCGUGUGUUCACCUGCGUCGCUCUGAUCAUCGGCUUCUAGAGCGCGCGCGUCGUCGAACGCUACGAAUGACCGUCGUGAUUGUCACAGUGUUCGCACUCUGCUGGCUGCCUUAUGCCGUCAUGGCCAUGUGGUACAUGAUAGACCGGAGCUCGGCAUCCCAAGUCUCGUCACAAGUUCAGGAUCUGCUGUUCGCGAUGGCUGUCUCUAACUCCUGCAUGAAUCCACUGGUUUACGGCACGUAUGCGUUGCGGUCUAACGACAGCUUACGGAAGCUACUUAAGAAGACAUGCUGUUGGCCUACAAAAUCCAUUAACACAAAAGGAAAUACAGGUUUGACGUCGCAUAAAUACGAAAUGCGUAAUAUCGGCAAUCCUGUAAUAAUAUCUAAGAGUCGUAGUGUUAAACAAAGACACAACAAAGACACAUACAAUCAUGAAGAAUUAAUAUUGAACUAUAGUUUUAAUUUAAAUAUAACUAUGUGUUUUGCUGUUGGCAUACCUAAUAAAGAAAAAGAAAGAUGGACCCUACAACCCUACGAGCGUAAGGUGAACCGCCAGCGCAGACAAAUACUAAGCGACUUGAGUUCACGUGCCGCGUUCGUGCAGCCCGGCGGUCAGCAUCCUCGGCUGGUGCGGUUCGCGGAGACCCCGAUGACGUCACAGCGCCUGGCGGAGACCCAGGCCCGCAGGGGGCCCGCC